AUGGAGUUCCUUGGAACCCCUCAGACUGCCAGCUACUGUGGCACCAAGAAAGCCUGUGGCUUGAGCAUGCUGCCACCUGCUGCACAGACGCCUGUGGUCCAGGAAUGCUGUCAGCCCUACUACCUGCCUGGGUGUCGCUACCUCAACUCCUGGAGGCCCAGCCUCUUCUGCAGGGUCUCCAACGUGCAGACUUGCCCAGAUGACAGUGCCCUGAACCGCAGUCCCCUGCGGCCACCUACCAUCCUGCCAGCCCUCCGCUCGGCACUCUUCUGUCGCUAUGGUACCCAUGACUGGGAACAGUCCAACCAGCUGCAUCUGCGAGGGGCCGAGGCCUCCCGCCUGUGGGCUGGGCGUCUGACGGGCGAUUCCACGAGGCUCAUGAAGGACAAGGAUCAGCUGACCCGCCAGAUGCAGGAGGGCACCUGGCGGAACCUGGGCCAGAGGCUCUCGGACAUUGGCUUCUGGAAGUCUGAGCUGGGCUACGAGCUGGAGAGGCUUCUCACCGAGAAUGAUAGUUUGAAUUCGAUCAAGAGACGGCUGGAAUGUGCCGCUGAGGAAGUGAACUGUCCACUGCAGGUGGCUCUGGAGUGUCUGUACCUUCGAGAGAAAAGGAUUGGGGUUGAUUUGGUCCAUGAUAACGUGGAGAAGAAUCUCCUCCAGGAGGUGGAUUUGCUAAAAUGCUGCCAAGAACAGAUGAGAAAACUAGCUCAAAGAAUUGAUAUUCAGAUGCGGGAUAACCGGGACGCCCAGCAUGCUCUGGAGCGGGACUUUGAGGACAAGAGCACAGCUGAGUGUAUUGACGAGAAGUGCUUUAACCUGACGUGCACCUCAGACUGCAUCAACUUCUUCCAUGGUGUGGAUAAAGUUGAUGGCACGAUCUCUGUGCCUGAGACCUGGGCCAAGUUCAGUAAUGACAACAUCAAACACUCUCAAAACAUGAGGGCCAACUCCAUCCGGCUGCGAGAGGAGGGAGAGCACCUCCUCGAGACCUUGUCGGAUCAGAUGUGGAAGCAGUUUACCAACACCAAUCUGGCCUUCAAUGCUCGCAUCUCUGAAGUGAUGGAUGUUAAGAAUAAGCUACAGACAGAGCUGGCCAAGACGGUCCAGGAGCUCUUACAGGCUGAGAAUACUAUCAUGCUGCUGGAAAGAUCCAUUUUGGCUAAGGAGUGCCCACUGAAGAUGGCGCAGACGAGACUGGAGUGCCGAGCCUGGCGCCCCAACAUAGAGCUGUGCAGGGACAUGGCACAGUCCAAGCUCCUGAACGAGGUGUGUGUCAUCGACGACACCAUGCAGACCCUGAAGCUGAGGCUGCGGGAGACGCAGGACACGCUGCAGCUGCUGGUGAUGACUAAGUCCCGGCUGGAGCACGAGCUGGCCAUCAAAGCCAACACGCUCUGCAUUGACAAGGAGCGGUGCAUGGGCAUGCGCAAAACCUUCCCCAGCGUCCCGCGCCUGGUGGGCUACGCCCACCCCUGCACACCCUGCACGUCCUGCCCAAGACGCCCGGUGCUGGCUCCCUGCUGA